AUGCUCUCCAUCCUCCGCAAGGCCCGAUUGAAGGACAAGGAGCUCAGAAUCCUCAUGCUGGGACUUGACAAUGCCGGGAAGACAACAAUUGUGAAGAAGAUCAUGGGCGAGGACGUCAAUUCCGUCAGUCCGACUCUGGGAUUCAUCAUCAAGACCAUCGAUUACGAGGGAUACAAGCUGAACAUCUGGGAUGUUGGAGGACAAAAGACGCUCCGGUCAUACUGGAGGAAUUACUUUGAAAAGACGGACGCGCUGAUCUGGGUGGUCGACGCCACAGACAGGCUAAGGAUCCAAGACUGCCGUGACGAGCUCCAAGGGCUUUUGUUGGAGGAGAGGCUCUCCGGAGCCAGUCUCCUUGUCUUUGCCAACAAGACUGACGUAGAAGGAUGCAUGGGUGGCGAUGAGAUUGUCGAAGUAUGGCAUUACGGCUCAAAGACAUCCGGACGCAUCGAUGGCACAUUCUCAGGUGUAGUGCGAUCACGGGAGAAAACCUGA